AGACAGACAUGGAGGCUUGGGGAGAGGAAGAAGUGCCUGGGGUGCAGAAGAGAAGCAUCUAAGAGGCAGGUGUGAAAUCCCAAGAAUGAACACAUAACAAGAAGAAGCCUUAUCUCAUCAGAAUGGGUCAGAUAUUCCUUGAAGAGCAGUGAAAUGAUCUCUAAGGGCGGAAGCUCCUCUGAUAAUCGAAACUUCAGUGCUGCCAACAUCCUGAUGUCACAGAUGUCACGAGGACCACGGUAUCUACAGUGAUUUCUCUUCUGGACCCUACCUCAGAGAGCACUUGUCAACCGCCUAGUGAACACACCAUUACUAUCCUGUGCCAUUGCCAUAGAGAGACCUCAGCCAUCAAUCACUAGCACAUGAUUGACAGACAGAGAAUGGGACUUUGGGCUUUGGCAAUUCUGACACUUCCCAUGUAUUUGACAGUUACGGAGGGCAGUAAAUCGUCCUGGGGUCUGGAAAAUGAGGCUUUAAUUGUGAGAUGCCCCCAAAGAGGACGCUCGACUUAUCCUGUGGAAUGGUAUUACUCAGAUACAAAUGAAAGUAUUCCUACUCAAAAAAGAAAUCGGAUCUUUGUCUCAAGAGAUCGUCUGAAGUUUCUACCAGCCAGAGUGGAAGACUCUGGGAUUUAUGCUUGUGUUAUCAGAAGCCCCAACUUGAAUAAGACUGGAUACUUGAAUGUCACCAUACAUAAAAAGCCGCCAAGCUGCAAUAUCCCUGAUUAUUUGAUGUACUCGACAGUACGUGGAUCAGAUAAAAAUUUCAAGAUAACGUGUCCAACAAUUGACCUGUAUAAUUGGACAGCACCUGUUCAGUGGUUUAAGAACUGCAAAGCUCUCCAAGAGCCAAGGUUCAGGGCACACAGGUCCUACUUGUUCAUUGACAACGUGACUCAUGAUGAUGAAGGUGACUACACUUGUCAAUUCACACACGCGGAGAAUGGAACCAACUACAUCGUGACGGCCACCAGAUCAUUCACAGUUGAAGAAAAAGGCUUUUCUAUGUUUCCAGUAAUUACAAAUCCUCCAUACAACCACACAAUGGAAGUGGAAAUAGGAAAACCAGCAAGUAUUGCCUGUUCAGCUUGCUUUGGCAAAGGCUCUCACUUCUUGGCUGAUGUCCUGUGGCAGAUUAACAAAACAGUAGUUGGAAAUUUUGGUGAAGCAAGAAUUCAAGAAGAGGAAGGUCGAAAUGAAAGUUCCAGCAAUGACAUGGAUUGUUUAACCUCAGUGUUAAGGAUAACUGGUGUGACAGAAAAGGACCUGUCCCUGGAAUAUGACUGUCUGGCCCUGAACCUUCAUGGCAUGAUAAGGCACACCAUAAGGCUGAGAAGGAAACAACCAAUUGAUCACCGAAGCAUCUACUACAUAGUUGCUGGAUGUAGUUUAUUGCUAAUGUUUAUCAAUGUCUUGGUGAUAGUCUUAAAAGUGUUCUGGAUUGAGGUUGCUCUGUUCUGGAGAGAUAUAGUGACACCUUACAAAACCCGGAACGAUGGCAAGCUCUACGAUGCGUACAUCAUUUACCCUCGGGUCUUCCGGGGCAGCGCGGCGGGAACCCACUCUGUGGAGUACUUUGUUCACCACACUCUGCCCGACGUUCUUGAAAAUAAAUGUGGCUACAAAUUGUGCAUUUAUGGGAGAGACCUGUUACCUGGGCAAGAUGCAGCCACCGUGGUGGAAAGCAGUAUCCAGAAUAGCAGAAGACAGGUGUUUGUUCUGGCCCCUCACAUGAUGCACAGCAAGGAAUUUGCCUACGAGCAGGAGAUUGCUCUGCACAGCGCCCUCAUCCAGAACAACUCCAAGGUGAUUCUUAUUGAAAUGGAGCCUCUGGGUGAGGCAAGCCGACUACAGGUUGGGGACCUGCAAGAUUCUCUCCAGCAUCUUGUGAAAAUUCAGGGGACCAUCAAGUGGAGGGAAGAUCAUGUGGCCGACAAGCAGUCUCUAAGUUCCAAAUUCUGGAAGCAUGUGAGGUACCAAAUGCCAGUGCCAGAAAGAGCCUCCAAGACGGCAUCUGUUGCGGCUCCGUUGAGUGGCAAGGCAUGCUUAGACCUGAAACACUUUUGAGUUGAGAGCUGCGGAGUCCCAGCAGUAGGCACCGGAGUGCAGGUGUGCAGACUUGAAAUGCCAAGGGUGGGGGCCCCAAGUCUCAGCUAAAGAGCAACUCUAGUUUAUUUUCCUGGUUAUGGUAGGAGCCACCCAUCGUUUGUUUCCGGUUUCCUUUUCCUACUUCACUCUUGUGGCACAAGAUCAACCCUGAGCUUUUUCCUUUUCUUUUAUUUCUCUUUUUGUUCCUUCUUUUAAAAGCUUUUUAAAAUUGAUUAUCUUAUUUAUCUACCUUUCAAAGGUUAUCCCCCUUCCCGGUGCCCCCUCUACAAAUCCCCAUCCUGCUUCCCUCCUCCCUGCUUCUAUGAGGGUGCCCCCCCACCUGCCCAUCCACUCCAGCCUUACAGGCCUUGUGUUCCCCUAUGCUGGGGCAUCGAGCCUCCAUAAGACCUCCCCUCUCAUUCAUCAAUUAUCUACAUUCUGAAUAUCAAGCCGACACUUUUGUUUUUGUUUUUGAUUUUUUGAGACAGGGUUUCUCUGUGUAGCCCUGGCUGUCUUGAAACUCACAUUGUAGACCAGGCUGGCCUCGAACUCAGAAAUCAGCCUGCCUCUGCCUCCCCGAGUGCUGGGAUUAAAGGCGUGCGCCACCACGCCGGGCUAAGCCUACACUUUCAGAAUAAAGUUCUGAUUCACCUCAAAGAGCAGUCUCAUUCCCAGAGGCAGAGAGCCGGAAAGAGCCUCCAAUGUGCUUGUCCAGGCAGAGCUGACCUUAUUUGCUUACCAGUCACAGGUAAACAAAGCGUUUCUCCGUGUUGCCUCUUGUAGACAUCCCUGUAAUAGAUUAGGAAGGGAAUGAGCCGUCCUACUGACCAGUUUGUGAAUUGUGGUAGAAAAAGCGUUGACGUUUGUUAAAUACUUGUUAGCAAUGUAAACCUCAUUCCUAACACACCAGAAUUUCUUACUUUUUAUUCGUCAAUUACCGAGUUUUGUCAAGUCAGUAUUAACAGAUUUGGUCGAAUACCUUACCCAAAUUGCCAUUACAGUCGAGCAUGUUUUCAGUUCUAAAUGCCUUUUAUAUAUUUUUUAUUCUUCUUAGAAAUACUUCCUCACUUUAAAAGUAAUGUAAAGAUGUGUUAGAAAACAUAAGGUGUAAGAGAAAGUAUGAUAAAAUAUAAAAAAUAAUAGAAAGGAAAGGAAAUAUAAUGAAAAUCAUAACUCUUAAGAUUAAUUUUGGUAGGUCUGUAUUUUAAAAUAUAAUUAAAUUUUAUACCGAUAACUUUUAUAGCUGAGAUUGUACACUACAGACUAGGCAGCUUUUCCUAUUUACCACCAUAAUGAAAACUGGUGGCUGAUUUCUUUAACAUUCACAGAAGUUCCAAAUGUCUCAUUUUAGACUGUGCUGCAGACUAUGGCUGAAGCAGCCAGAAUGAGAAACAGGUCUGCCAUGUCACAUCGGGACAUUUUCCUACUUACUGAAAUGUAUCUGUCACUGUGCGACAGCUAACUUUUGUGAUACUCCUAUGAAAUGUGUAGGGAAUUUGGACAGAACAGAAUCAAUCUAUAGUCAGAGGUCCUCUGGACAGUCUUUUCCAGGAGCACACACAGACCGUGAGGUCCUAGGCACCCAGGAAACGGAUCCAGAGCCCAGGCAAGUGUCUUACAGGUACCUUGAAUUUUGCCAAUAGAUAUGAGCCCUGCCUUAGCUGAGUUGCUCAGUCGGUGAUGGGACUCCAGGCUGAGGUGACAAUGAACACAGAAUUUGGGAGACUCUUGAAAGGAGGGGAAUGUUGAACUCACGGUCAACAUAUGAGGCUGCAGAGAAGCCGUAUGCAGAAGUGUGUGUAGAGGAUCUAGAGUAGCCCGUUUCUCUGGGGACAGUGUGCUCUUAGUCUGUACCCUUAGGCUGGGUUGCCAGGUAAACAUUUGCUAGUGUUCAGUUCAAAGGCUGAAGCUUGAGCUGAGGGUGAUGAGGAAUUCAAACUUCCCCUCGCAUGCAUCCACCCUGUGGUUGCCUGGUUUGCUAAGUCCACCUGCUCUGCUGUAGUAGAAGGUUUUGAUCUUCUGCAGCUUCAUCUACUUCUUAGUGAGUUGCCAAAACUGACCACUGAAAAGCAUGCUGUGUACAUAACUGUCUCAUGUCCCAGAACGUGCAAUCAGGAGGAAGUCCUCACUCCCGAUAACGGAAUCCUUGCUCUGUGGCUGUGAGGACGUCCCUUAGCAACCUCAGAUAGUAAUUUUUCUUAGGUUGGAUGGAACAUAGUAACGUGCUGGAUUCUUUGCUAACUGAAAAUAGAAGUAUUCGGAUUUCAGAAAGAACUGGAUAAAUAUUAAUGUUGGUGAUUAUGAAAUCUCAUUGUGAGCCGUGUGAGUUUGAGUGUGUAUUCCAUGAUUGUGCUGAAUGAAGACCUCUAAAAAUGAAAUUCUCUCCAAUCUCAUCCCUGGGAAUAGUUGCUUCCUCAUGCCUGCUGCUCCAUCCAUGGAAAAUGACUAAAGAGAAUUAUUAUUUGUUCCCGAGAUUCUUCUGAUAAGUCUAAACUAUUUGCAUGUAAUUGAGCUGGGCAGCAUGGCACACUUGGGAGGCAGAGGCAGGUGGAUCUCUGUGAGUUUGAGGCCAGCCUGCUCUACAGAGUUAGUUCCAGGACACCAGAGCUACAAAAAGAAAACCUGUCCUAACAACAACAGCAACAGCUGCAGCAGCAACAACAACAACAAAGAAAAAGAAGAGGAGGAGGAGGAAAGGAAAGAAGGAAGAAGGAAGAAGAAAGGGAAGAAAUAAUAGAUUUUUCUGUAAUGAACACACAUAUGCUUUGAUGCUUUUGCUAAACUCAAAAUAUUAGUUUUAUUUUACUGUUUUGAAAGGUUCAAAGCAUGAUCCAUGUAAAAAUGUCUUCUGUGGGGCUUUCUCCCAUUUCUACUUUUGUUCCCCUCAUUUCUUCAAAGUGCUUGUCCAGGCAGAGCUGACCUUAUUUGCUUACCAGUUACAGGUAAACAAAGCGUUUCCUCGUGUUGCCUCUUGUAGCCAUCUCUGUAUUAGAUUAGGAAGGGAAGGAGCCGUCCUACUGUCCAGUUUGUGAGUUCUGGUAGAAAGAGUGUUGAAGUUUGUUAAAUGCUUGUUUUCCAUGUAUCAAAAUGUUAUGCCUUUCCUAUUUAUUAUUGUAUGACAAAUUAUUUUUCACUGGGCAAAAAUAAUUGUGCCAUUGACUCCUUGUGUGUUUUCUUCAUGUGUGUUUGAAGAGUUCUAGCUUAUUAAAAAAAAAAAUCUAGAAA